CUAUAUCAGUGUGUGAUGUUGCAAAGAUUUUCUGUUUUGAUCGAGCAAUUGAAGAACUGAGGAAGAACGCAAGAAACACACGAGUUAUACCAAGGGAGCUUCAGCCACUAUAUGCAGUCGACCCAGAGGCCGCCUGGAUUGCAGCAGAAGACUUGAGCAGUAGCAGAAGGACAAUCAGGGAGAGCAGAAGUCCAGAACCAGAAGAAUCAGGGGCAGCAACAGCAAUGGGGGGGUCACAAUCAGGUCGCCGUGUGCAGCACAAGCAGAUUGAGGAGAAGCUCACGAGGGCAGGAGUUGCAGGCCAAACUAAGAGAACAAGUCACCUUGUGCAGCACGAGCAGAUUGAGGAGAAGCUCACGAUGGCAGGAGUAGCAGGCCAAACUAAGAGAACAAGUCACCUUGUGCAGCACGAGCAGAUUGAGGAGAAGCUCACGAUGGCAGGAGUAGCAGGCCAAACUAAGAGAACAAGUCACCUUGUGCAGCAUGAGCAGAUUGAGGAGAAGCUCACGAUGGCAGGAGUUGCAGGCCAAACUAAGAGAACAAGUCACCUUGUGCAGCACGAACUGGUUGAGGAGAAGCUCAUGAUGGCAGGAGUAGCAGGCCAAACUAAGAGAACAAGUCACCUUGUGCAGCACGAACUGGUUGAGGAGAAGCUCAUGAUGGCAGGAGUAGCAGGCCAAACUAAGAGAACAAGUCACCUUGUGCUGCACGAACUGGUUGAGGAGAAGCUCAUGAUGGCAGGAGUAGCAGGCCAAACUGAGAGCACAAGUCACCUUGUGCAGCACGAGCUGGUUGAGGAGAAGCUCAUGAUGGCAGGAGUAGCAGGCCAAACUGAGAGCACAAGUCACCUUGUGCAGCACGAGCUGGUUGAGGAGAAGCUCAUGAUGGCAGGAGUAGCAGGCCAAACUGAGAGCACAAGUCACCUUGUGCAGCACGAGCUGGUUGAGGAGAAGCUCAUGAUGGCAGGAGUAGCAGGCCAAACUGAGAGCACAAGUCACCUUGUGCAGCACGAGCUGGUUGAGGAGAAGACAAACAUGAUUUUCCAAAUCAUAGUGAAGGGAUUCAGUGAUAAACCCAGAGAGAUUAAAUUUAAGUGUUCACAGACAAAGUUUGACAACACUACAACUCUGGAGCUGAAGGAAAAAAUAAUCAUUUCUGAACAUUUAGAAAAUUCAGGUAUGGAAACUGAUUCAUUGCGUUUGGUUUUUGCAUCUACGCCGAUGGAAGAUGAGAAGACGUUUUCUGAUUACCAUAUCCAGAACAUGUCCACAGUGAUGAUGAUCAGCCGCAUGCCUGGGGGAUGGAAGUCUCAGUCGGUCCCAUGAACAAUCAAUCCCACGAGAAACAUCUGUUGCCUUCAACAAGCAGUAGCAUCCAGCAGCAGGCCUGCAGACACAGAUUGUGAAGGAACGUUAGUUAAUCUGUGUCAUUGCUGUCUGUAUAUUAAGCAAGAUAUUGCAUUGUAAAUAUAGAUAUUAUAUUUUCAUGUUUUUGUUUCCAAAUUGCAUUUAACUUACAUUCGGGUGACCAGGUUUCUGGAAGCAAAUAAUUUACAUAACGGUGUACAUGUAGCAACGCUGAUUUUCAUCAUUAUCAUAUAUCAUAAAUGUUAGUUGUUAAUACUGUAACUUUAAUUUUAAUUCAUUAGAAAGGCAGCAGAACUGCGAAACAAAAAAAUGAACUCAAACAUUUAACUUUACAAAAUAAAAUACAGCUGCAAUACGCAGUACAUAGGGAUCAGGUUUGGCACAAGCUAAAUACAUGUUCAAGGAGAAUGCCACCCUGAAAUCAGAAAGAAAUAUGUUUAUCCUCAGUCUUGUAAUAUUUGAUAUAACUCAUUUUAAGGGAAUGAUGUAUAGAAUGUAUAGAAUAAUGCUUCUAAUGUAUGGAAUUGGGAUGUUAGGUGAAGGGUCAUGCUUGAAAAGUUGCGUUAUAUAUGCAGUUAUAUAUAUAAAAAAAUAAUUCAAGAAGUGUUGAAUGUCUAGCCUAUUGUGCACUGUUUCUCCCCUUACAGUUGAUCUGUUAUAAGCAAGAGACAGACCCCAACUGCGGUAAAAAUUUAAGAUCAAGAGCACCAAGGGAACAAAAGGACCCCUGACACUGUUAAGUUGGAGGAAGCUCACAUGUCCAGCCUUAGUAUAAACUCCUGAACUAUAAUUAGCCACAAAUGGAAUUUGUUGUAUAUGGUGACUGAAUUUAUCCCAUAGGUUGAAACCACAGUUCUUUGAAAGCUAUAUAAACUCAUGUAUUGGACUUUAUAUUUUUGAAGACUGUACUUGUACCUCUUCCCGACCGGUCGUAUUAUUAAAUUAUAAAAAGAAGCUCCUGAA